UUUUAUGAUAAAAUUAUUAAAAUUGAAAAAAAAAAAAAAAAAAAAGGGAGAAAGAAACAAGAAAUGUUGUUUUCUAGAGGAAAACGAAGGCAGAAGUUGAUACAGUUGCACCUCCUCUGCAUUCAGGUUCACUCGUUCAUCCUGGUUAUCAUCACUUCUCUCUCUCUCUCUCUCUCUCUCUCUCUCUCUCUCUCUCUCUCUCCACCAUUGAAUGAGCUUGGUACCGAAGAAACUUCAAGCAAGUAAUUACCAGUAAUCCUGAAGACCUGUUCAACAAUCAUGUACUUUAUGCUCAAGAGGAAGCAUAUCAUGGUUUCUGUAAAACAAUGUUCUGAGAGUAAAUGACACAAUUUCAUACAAGUUGAAUCAAGCUACACAAAUGAUGUCUACAACUGCAAUUGGACUAAGGGCAACAAAUAGCCUCUUGGGUUCAUCCUAUUUUUACUCAGAUACAAGUGAAAAGUUCUCCUGCAAUGGUGAUAUUAGCUUCACAUUUGUCACUACUAAGAACACAAUCACCGCAAAGAAACAAUCCAACUACAGCCAUAGUCUUACAUCCAAACGAGAUACAGAUUCCCAUUCCAUUAGAGCUUUAAAACAACAUGUAGCUACUUCUUCUGAUCCUUCAAUCUCUACAGACCAAUGGGUUCAAAGAUUUCACCACUUGGAAGACAAAAGCUCUGAACAAGAACUUCCUGUUGAAGCUUUACUACUUUUACAAUCUUUUCUGGAAAAGCAGUGGAAACUUCCAACCGAGAAGAAUACAAACACAACAACAGAUACUCCCACAGAAAAAAACAGCAAAAAAAUACACAUCAUUAGCUCUCAGAUAUCUGCACGAAAGCGUAGAAUAGAAGCAAGGAAGAAAACACCAAAUAGUUGUUCUGAAAUUGGUUCAGAGCUCCUUCAAAAUCAAUUUAAAGGUCAUGUUAAAGGGGUAAGAAGUGAAGGACUUCUCACUCAAUCAGAGGUGAUCAUUCUAUCAAAGAAAAUCAAAAUCGGUUUACGCUUGGAAGAGCAGAAAUCAAGACUGAAGGAAAAAUUGGGAUAUGAACCUUCAGAAGGGCAACUUGCAAGUUCCAUGAGGAUUUCAAGAAUGGAUUUAAGAAAAAAACAAAUUGAAAGCACUUUGGCAAGAGAGAAGCUUGCAAUGAGCAAUGUCCGUUUAGUGAUGUCUAUUGCAAAAAGAUAUGAUAACAUGGGAGCUCAAAUGGCUGAUCUUAUUCAGGGAGGUCUAAUUGGACUACUUCAAGGGAUCAAAAAGUAUGAUUCAUCAAGAGGUUUCAAGAUUUCUACCUAUGUUUAUUGGUGGAUACGACAGGGUGUUUCAAGAGCUCUGAUUGAGAAUUCUAAAAUCCUAAGAUUACCUACUCAUUUGCAUGAAAGACAAAGUGCAAUCCGGAAUGCCAAAGCCAAACUAGAGGAACAAGGAAUAACUCCAUCAAUUGAUAGAAUUACAGAAAGUCUGAACAUAUCCAGAAAAAAAGUUAUAAACGCAACUCAGGCAAUCACUAAAGUAUUCUCACUUGAUAAUCCUGGACAAACGCUGGAUAGUGACAUUGCAGAUAAUUGCAUGGAGAAUGACCCAUGGCAUGGAGUAGAUGAAGCAGCUCUCAAGUAUGAAGUAAACAAGCUCAUAAACAUGACUCUAGGGGAACGUGAGAGGGAUAUCAUCCGUCUUUACUAUGGUUUGGACAAGGAAUGCCUUUAUUGGGAGGAUAUCGGCAAAAGAAUAGGGUUAUCGAGGGAACGUGUUAGGCAAAUUGGACUUGUUGCAUUAGAGAAACUAAAAGAUGCUGCAAGAAAGAAUGGACUUGAGGAAAUGCUGAGACACCUCGUAAAUUCCCAUGUUUGUUUGUUACAUUCUUCCUCUCUCCCAUCUGUCGAUCCAGUUUUCCGGCCGUCAGACACCGUUGGAUCAGUCGGCCCCUUUAUAUAUCACUGCAAAUUCUUUAUCAUGAAUCACGAGUAUGAUUACUUGUUCAAGCUUUUGCUAAUUGGAGAUUCAGGAGUUGGAAAAUCAUGUCUGUUGCUUAGAUUUGCUGAUGAUUCAUAUCUCGACAGCUACAUAAGCACAAUUGGUGUUGACUUUAAAAUUCGCACAGUGGAACAAGAUGGAAAAACCAUUAAGCUUCAAAUUUGGGAUACUGCUGGACAAGAAAGGUUCAGGACAAUUACUAGUAGCUACUACCGAGGGGCACAUGGCAUUAUAAUAGUUUAUGAUGUCACUGAUCUAGAAAGUUUCAACAAUGUUAAGCAAUGGUUGAGUGAAAUUGAUCGCUAUGCAAGUGAAAAUGUGAACAAACUUCUUGUUGGAAACAAAUGUGAUCUUGUAGAAAGCAGAGCUGUGUCUUUCGACACUGCUAAGGAAUUCGCGGAUGGAAUUGGUAUUCCAUUUAUGGAAACUAGUGCUAAAGAUGCAACAAAUGUUGAACAGGCUUUUAUGGCCAUGUCUGCUGAUAUCAAAAACAGGAUGGCAAGUCAACCCGGGUCAAACAACAUGAGGCCGCCAUCUGUGCAGCUCAAGGGGCAGCCUGUCGGGCAGAAGGGCGGUUGCUGCUCAGGUUAAUAAAUAAAACUAUCACCAUUCACCACAAGUCACAACACUCCAAUUUGCUUUUCAAGUUUUUUGCUUUUUGCUUUUUGCUUUUUGAUUUUCAUGUAAGCUAUUAUUAUAGUUUCUGUUUUUUUUUUUUUUUCAAGAGUAUGAUUUUUAUUAAUCUUUAUUCAUGGAAGCAUUUAGACAUAAUUUGUAAUAUUUUUGGAACCAUCUUUCAAAUAAUAUACCAAAUUCUUGCAUAUGUGAUUU